CACUCGUUGUCUUUACCGACCCCUCUAUCCACCACCAUCAUGCAUUUCUCUGCUCCCAAGGCCAUUGCCGCCGCAUUCUUUUUCUUCUCCCUGGCCGCCGCUGAUCUUCACGAAAACUGCGCUUGCAACAAUGGCGAUGCCUACAACUGGCGCAUGACCACAGCCGCUUGCACGACUUACGAUGAUGCCCAGUACCAGUGGGGCGGUGUCACCUACGACAGCCCUUCCGGUCGAUGCGUAAAAGAGAACGAUACGGACCGUCUCGCUGGUGAUCAGUGGGAGACGGCUUGCAAGGAUGCUGCGAAGAAUGGUUUCGCAUGCUCAGAUGGUCUCGGAACCUGCUUCGCUAACCCUGACGAUGUUUCAGGCGCGUGCUGA